UCCCAUGGGACGACCCCAAUGUCCUCCCACCAGUUUGAAGUGACAACCUCCAUCCAAUGCGCUCAAAUCGCGAGCAGCGUCCGUACGCCAAGGUAGGUAGAAGGAGAAUAUUGAACUCUUUAGGUUGGACAUGGAAAACAAGAAAACAAGAAAGAAAGCUGAAAACGACCCUCAAAGUCAUCGAGGCCGCUCUAGAAGGAGACGCGCCUCAUUAAUACGUAUUUCCAACGACGCACACAGCACAUACACAGGUUUCUUGCAUGUCUCAUCUCUCGUAUUCCUUCUGCCGUGUUCCGGCUCCCACUGAUCCUCCUCUUCAUGUGCUUCUCCACCCGCACCGCUCCACCUGUCGCAAACACCAGGGACCGGGGGUAUCUGGGAUGGGUCAUUUCCCAGGCGCUGGCGACGGGGAGGUCAUCUGUCACGGCAGUCAAGCAUUUGGCGUUGGCGUCGUGGCGAUGGUUUUAAGCGAGGGUGUCUUAGCAGAGACACUCGCAGCAUUCGAAACUAGAGGCGUGUCAGCAAAAGGCGGCGUGGAAUGGCAUGCGAAGCGUAGCGUUGCUGGGGAGAGCGUGGGGCGCCAGCGCGGCGCUGAGCUUGCGCCAACGAUGCGCGCGGCAGAUGAUUGCGGCUCGGCAAGAAUGCAAUGGGCAAGAAUAGACAAAAAGACGUACCAGCAUUCGCAGGUCUCUUCACAGACACAACAACAGCAGAGAGCGGCGAGACAGGCCGUGAGACAGUUGCCGCCGCCGCCGUUGCCCUUCUGCUGUUGCGGGGGCGCCUGUUGGUACUGCAUGGGCUGCUGGCCCUGUGGGGGACCGUAGUACUGGCCCUGGGGAGGACCGCCUUGAGGAGGGCCGUAGGACUGGGAGGAGAGUCAGCUGGGUGAGCUAGGUUGAGCUAGGUGAGCUGGGUGAGCUGGGUGAGCUGGGUGAGCUUGGUUGAGUUGUGAUGCGUCGUGUAGCAAGCGUCAUUGUCGAGCAUCGGGUAUCGAGAGGGCGAUGGAGGAGACGCAAUGGGAGAGACGCAAUGGCAUAGCGGGCGGUGCAGGUAGGUGCUGAUGGUGUUUGCUUACGGCUUGGGGGUGCUGGGGAUAGCCUCCCUGGUUUUGGUAGUAGUCUUGG